AUGACGGCUGCUCAGUGUAUCUACAGAAAGGAUGCAUCAGACUUGCAUAUAAUUGCUGGAUCUAAAUAUCCUGCGAAUGGAACUGUCUACGGAGUGUCUGCUCUGUUUCCUCACCCGAACUACAAUCGAUGGAUUCGAGACAACGAUAUUGGUCUAAUGAAGACCUCAGAGAAAAUCGUAGAGACUAAUCUUGUUCGUCCGAUCACUCUUGGCUACGAUUAUCUUGUAGGCCACAUGAAUUGCGUUGCAACUGGGUUGGGUCCUAACUCAGAUGUUCUCAAAUGGAUUGAAGUAGAAACUGUAACUAAUGCUCAAUGCGAGCUGGCAUUACACCAAGACAAUCACCCAUUUAUAACGAUAAGGAAGGUGUGCACUAAGGGAAGACAUUUAGUAGGACCUGCCCAGCGUGAUUCUGGUGGUGCUCUUGUGGUAGCAGAUCAGGCCGUUGGAAUCAUUUCGUGGGGAGAUUAUUUCGAAUGUGGUAAACCUGAUGCUUAUGAAAGGAUUUCUUCGCAUAAAACAUGGAUCACCAAUACAAUGUCCAGCAUGUAA